AUGCUACCUGAGCGAGUUACGUCCUGGCCUGUGGGCCCGCCUCAUGCUUCCGCUGCUACGUUUUUUCCGGUCGCGCGCCUAGGGCGGGUGGCGAUUUUCUAUUGUCCCGCCCCCGGUUGGCGAGUGACUCCUACUCUGCCCGUCGCGCGCCCCGUGGCACGCGACGGUGCCCUAAACCUGCCCGUCGUGCGCCCCGUGGCACGCGACGGUGCCCUGCUCGUCGUGCGCCCCGAGGCACACGACGCUGUGGGGGGGAGGGUAUGUGGAUGGCGGGUGUUGGAGUGUUGGGUCGUCUCCUUCCCUUCCCCUCCUCCUCCUUUCGUUCCCACUGCUGCAGCUGCCGCUGGGGGGGAGGUUGUGAGGGUGUGGGGGAGCAGAGGGAGUGGCACCGGGGUGGCGGGUGUGAGGCAACCAGCAGCCGUCCCUCCACCUCUCCUCUCUUUCCCCCCUUCUCUGCUGCUCCUGCAGCAGUGUGGGGGAGGGGAAGGAGGAGGGUGA